AUGUCACACACUGACAUUUACUGGUCUUUAAAUCUGUGUUAUCUAUCUAUCUAUCUAUCUAUCUAUCUAUCUAUCUAUCUAUCUAUCUAUCUAUCUCAGCCUAUUCAUCUCUAUUUGUCUAUCUCAAGAUCUAUCUAUCUAUCUUUAACUCAGCCUCCUCAUAUCUAUCUAUCUAUCUAUCUAUCUAUCUAUCUAUCUAUCUAUCUAUCUAUCUAUCUAUCUCAGCCUAUUCAUCUCUAUUUGUCUAUCUCAAGAUCUAUCUAUCUAUCUUUAACUCAGCCUCCUCAUAUCUAUCUAUCUAUCUAUCUAUCUAUCUAUCUAUCUAUCUAUCUCAGCCUAUUCAUCUCUAUUUCCUCCUCAUAUCUAUCUAUCUAUCUAUCUAUCUAUCUAUCUAUCUAUCUAUCUCAGCCUAUUCAUCUCUAUUUGUCUAUCUCAAGAUCUAUCUAUCUAUCUUUAACUCAGCCUCCUCAUAUCUAUCUAUCUAUCUAUCUAUCUAUCUAUCUAUCUAUCUAUCUAUCUAUCUCAGCCUAUUCAUCUCUAUUUCCUCCUCAUAUCUAUCUAUCUAUCUAUCUAUCUAUCUAUCUAUCUCAGCCUAUUCAUCUCUAUUUGUCUAUCUCAAGAUCUAUCUAUCUAUCUUUAACUCAGCCUCCUCAUAUCUAUCUAUCUAUCUAUCUAUCUAUCUAUCUAUCUAUCUAUCUAUCUCAGCCUAUUCAUCUCUAUUUCCUCCUCAUAUCUAUCUAUCUAUCUAUCUAUCUAUCUAUCUAUCUAUCUCAGCCUAUUCAUCUCUAUUUGUCUAUCUCAAGAUCUAUCUAUCUAUCUUUAACUCAGCCUCCCUAUCUAUCUCUAUCUAUCUAUCUAUCUAUCUAUCUAUCUAUCUAUCUAUCUAUCUAUCUAUCUAUCUCUAUCUAUCUAUUCAGCCUCCUCAUAUUUCUAUCUAUCUAUCUCAAGAUCUAUCUAUCUCAUCUUCAUCUCUAUUUGCCUCCCAUCUAUCUAUCUUUCUAUCUCCUCAUCUAUCUAUCUAUCUAUCUAUCUAUCUAUCUAUCUAUCUAUCUAUCUCAGCCUAUUCAUCUCUAUUUGUCUAUCUCAAGAUCUAUCUAUCUAUCUAUCUUUAACUCAGCCUCCUCCAUUAUCUAUCUAUCUAUCUAUCUAUCUAUCUAUCUAUCUAUCUAUCUAUCUCAGCCUAUUCAUCUCUAUUUCCUCCUCAUAUCUAUCUAUCUAUCUAUCUAUCUAUCUAUCUAUCUAUCUAUCUAUCUAUCUCAGCCUAUUCAUCUCUAUUUCCUCCUCAUAUCUAUCUAUCUAUCUAUCUAUCUAUCUAUCUAUCUAUCUAUCUAUCUAUCUCAGCCUAUUCAUCUCUAUUUGUCUAUCUCCAAGAUCUAUCUAUCUAUCUUUAACUCAAUCUCCUCAUAUCUAUCUAUCUAUCUCUAUCUAUCUAUCUAUCUAUCUAUCUAUCUAUCUAGCCUAUUCAUCUCUAUUUGUCUAUCUCUAAGAUCUAUCUAUCUAUCUUUAACUCAUCCUCCUCAUAUCUAUCUAUCUAUCUAUCUAUCUAUCUAUCUAUCUAUCUAUAUUCAUCUAUUUGUCUAUCUCAAGAUCUAUCUAUCUAUCACUCAGCCUCAUAUCUAUCUAUCUAUCUAUCUAUCUAUCUAUCUAUCUAUCUAUCUAUCUAUCUUUCAUCUCUAUUUGUCUAUCUCCAAGAUCUAUCUAUCUAUCUUUAACUCAGCCUCCUCAUAUCUAUCUAUCUAUCUAUCUAUCUAUCUAUCUAUCUAUCUAUCUCAGCCUAUUCAUCUCUAUUUGUCUAUCUCAAGAUCUAUCUAUCUAUCUUUAACUCAGCCUCCUCAUAUCUAUCUAUCUAUCUAUCUAUCUAUCUAUCUAUCUAUCUAUCUCAGCCUAUUCAUCUCUAUUUCCUCCUCAUAUCAUCUAUCUAUCUAUCUAUCUAUCUAUCUAUCUCAUCUAUCUAUCUCAAGAUCUAUCUAUCUAUUCAGCCUCCUCAUAUCUAUCUUCUAUCUAUCUCAAGAUCUAUCUAUCUAUCUUUCAACUCUAUUUGUCCUCCUCAUCUAUCUAUCUAUCUAUCUAUCUAUCUAUCUAUCUAUCUAUCUAUCUAUCUAUCUAUCUCAGCCUAUUCAUCUCUAUUUCCCUAUUCAUCUCUAUUUAUCUAUCUCAUCUAUCUAUCUAUCUAUCUUUAGCCUAUUCAUCCUCCUCUAUCUAUCUAUCUAUCUUUCUCAUCUAUCUAUCUAUCUAAUCUAUUCAUCUAUCUAUCUAUCUAUUCAUCUCUAUCUAUCUCAAGAUCUAUUCAUCUAUCUAUCUCAAGAUUUAUCUCUAUCUUUAACUCUCCUCAUAUCUAUCUAUCUAUCUAUCUAUCUAUCUAUCUAUCUAUCUAUCUAUCAGCCUAUUCAUCUCUAUUUGUCUAUCUCAAGAUCUAUCUAUCUAUCUUUAACUCAGCCUCCUCAUAUCUAUCUAUCUAUCUAUCUAUCUAUCUAUCUAUCUAUCUAUCUAUCUAUAUUCA